UGAAAAAAGGGCAGGGGGCGGGCGGGCCGCGCCGCGCUGAUUCGAACUCACCGCCUCCGCUCCCGCUGUUCUGCAGUACAAAACGCCAAAACCCCUCUUCACGCACAUGUUCUUCUCCUAUUAGGUUUUCUUUACUUCUCCUCAUUGUUUGCUUCAACCCUUGUACCUUUUUUCUUCUGCUUCCACACCAACACCGGCAUUGAAGUCAAGUGGUGUUUCGGUGGUAAGUUAAAUUUGAUGAUAUGUCGACUUCCGGUGAGAAUUUGGACCUGAAUCUGAGCCUCAAUCUACCGUUAUCGAGAAUGCAUUUGGCGGCACAGUCUCAGUCUCAGUCGCCGGUGCCACGCCUCGGGUAUGUGCGGCAGAACCCUUUUGCCGUCCUUCCGCCACCUUCCAGCCCUCUUAAGCUCCCCUCUGAUAAGUUUGUGUACAAGAACGGUGUGGAAACUCCGGCGUCGCUAUCUGUGCCUUCUAAGCUUAUCUCUGAUAAAUUUGUUAUGGAUUACAGCAAUGGAGUGAACACUCAGCAAUCUCGCACAUCGCUUCCGAAGUUGCAUUUGGUGCCUCAGAACAAUGCUUCAAAUGAACUUGGAAGUAUUGCGCGUAAGAUAAGUGGAGAUGCAAGUAUCCAAGUUCCUAAACAGGAGGAAGCUGUGAACAGUUUUUCACCUGGACCUGUGUCUUCUUAUAUGGGAGCUAGACGCAGCACCAAAACUAAAUCUUCAAAACAUACCAAAAAUGUUGUUCAGCAAGCAAAGUUAGAACCAGUUGAUAACUUCAAUCUAACUGGCUGCUGUCGGUAUGACAGUUCUUUAGGCUUGUUGACAAAGAAAUUUAUCAAACUGAUCCAAGAGGCUAAGGAUGCUACUCUUGACCUAAAUAGAACGGCAGAUGUGUUGGAGGUCCAAAAGAGGAGAAUUUAUGAUAUUACAAAUGUUCUUGAAGGAAUUGGAUUGAUCGAAAAAACGACUAAGAAUCAUAUACGUUGGAAAGGAUUUGGGAGCUGUGGACCUAAACAACUGGAUGACGAAGUCUCUCGCUUGAAGGCUGAAGUAGAACAUCUAUGUGCAGAAGAUUGCAGGCUUGAUGAUCGCAUAAGGAACAAAUUAGAGAGCCUGAGGGAACUAAUGUUCAAUCAGAAUUCUCAAAAGAAUCUUUUUCUGACUGAGGAAGAUAUUAUGAGCCUUCCACGUCUCAGGAAUCAAACUGUCAUUGCCAUUCAAGCUCCGCAUGCAAGUUUUAUAGAAGUGCCAGAUCCUGACGAGGACAUUGUUUUUUGUCAGAAGCAGUACAGACUUAUUGUGAGAAGCACCACUGGACCAAUUGGUGUUUAUCUACUCAGCAAAGAUCUAAGGAAAAGCAAGGACCCAUCUGUCAAGCGUGCAAAACUAUCAGAUCCAUUAACUUGGACUAGUAGCAGAAGAGUCGAUGAAGGGGACCUGUCUUCAAGUCCUUCUGAUACUCCAACAAGCUCAAAAACAUCCGGGUUCCAGAAAAUAGUCCCCUUGGAUGGUGGUAUUGAUGAUGACUACUGGUUGAGAUCAGAUCAUGAGGUAAGUGCAUCAGAUUUAUGGAGCACAGGAGAGUUGUAGUAUACUUCCUGAUGAAGUGCUGAUACUGGGAGUUUCAAAUAAUCAACCCACAGUAAGGAAAAUGAAGGAUAGAUUUAUUCAGGCAUUGUAUAUAAUUUAUCUAUAGUUGAAAACCCUGGGUUGAUGUUCUGACAUAUAACGGUUUUCUAGAUAGAGAAUAAGCAAGGCUUUUGCUAGAGCUUUCCCAAUAAGGGCUUUUUGAUUUGAGAAACUGGAAUGUAAAUUUUAGCUACUAGUUACUUACCAAUUUUGCCAUUAUUUUCGUGUCUCAAAUGUUCCAGGUUCCGUUUUUGCAUAUGGAGUACUUUAUUUGACAUAUCUUUGGUGCCUUAUUGCUUAAAUAUGCGAUGUUUUCGUGGAAUAAAUUCCACAUCUGAGAAAAUCUUGGAGCGUUGUGGGUCAUAAAUAAACAAGUAGCUUUCAAAAGGAAAAUCAGGGUUCCAUGUUGACGUAGACCAUUGAGCAUUAGCCAAUCUGAUAUGGCCUUCUUUGAGCAUGAACCGUUUGGGUCCAUUGUCGUGCGCUCUAUAUUAUUAUUUCUAUUCAACUAUCAUUUUCACGCCCCCAACAUGGGACCCCAGACAAACUCGAUUGUCGCAAUCACUCAUAAGUAAAUGCUGCAUCUUCCCCUGAAAAAAAAUCACAGGUCUGUUUUUCAAAGAACUAAGGAUAUUGGUAACUGAACGUAUCAUAUUUUCGAGUGAUGAAUCAUGAAACUAUAGCAAAGUUGGAAUUGACAGUAUGUACAUUGGCAUUAAUAAUCCACUUAUCUAUUCAUCUACCUUCUAAAAUACAUGUCGCAUCACCACUCUUUAUUCAGCGACCUAAUGCAGCACGUGUUCUCC